AUGGACGGUGUUUUAAAAAAUAUUUUUCAUAUCCACCUCCUCUCGGGAAGUACCUCCGGAUAUAUCUCCCUGCAUAUUCCUUUCUUUUUAUUAACUGAAUUGCUGGUAAAAUAUUUGAUUCGACUUAUUUUUUUACUAAUUUUUUCAUUCUUUUCAUUGGUUCAUUCUUUCUUUCUUUUUUCUUUCAUUCUUUCUUUCUUUCUUUCAUUCUUUUUCUUUCUUUCAUUCUUUCUUUCUUUCUUUCUUUCUUUCAUUCUUUCUUUCUUUCAUUUCUCGCUUCAUUUAAUUCGUUCUUUUCUUUCUUUCUACAUAUUUUGUUUCAUUUCUAUGAUUCAUUUCUUUUUUUAUUCAUUUCUUUCUUCCCUUCCUCUCUCUUUCUUUCUUUCUUUCUUUCUUUCUUUCUUUCUUUCUUUCUUUGUCAACAUUAUUUGUAUUGCUAAACGUUUCCUAUUUGUUAUUUAUCUUAUAAAUUCUGUCAAAUUCCGAUCCAUAUUUGAUCGAUGUUUGAUAUCAACUCAUCUAUCUAUCUAUCUAUCUAUCUAUCUAUCUAUCUAUCUAUCUAUCUCAUUCUCUGAUGAUGAAUGA